GAUCGGCGCAUAGCAUAACUAACAACUAUCUCUUGUAGAUGGGGCCUACAUGCUAAACGUCGGCAUAUUCCUUUAUCAAACAAUGGAAACAGAUGAAAAGACAAACCAUGAAGUGCCCAGGCUACCCGGUCAACCAAAAGAGACGUCAUGCGGACAGAGGCUUUGCGGCAAGAUCUAUUUAGCCCUGGUGAUUCCACUGUGUGCACUUGUCCGGUCAAUUGUCAGUGAUGUAAUCUACGUAGUGUUAAUGUUAUUGGAGGUCUACAUUUCCUUAAGAUUAUUAGGAACCUUUGGGAUACUUUAUGAAGGGGAAUCUUUUUUGCUUAGAUUAAUUUACAGUGCAUGUUGUGCUAAUAUAAUUGUUUGGAUAAACGAACGCGUGCUUGGUGAGUUCGUCAAAUGGUGUCUGAAACAAGAAACCUAUUUCCACAGAAUCUUCACUAGCAUGGACUGCUCGGCACACAGACAGUACACUGGCGAACGCUUGAAAUGUGGGAACCCCGCAGGAUGUCGUGAUUAUGACUUGAUACUAGGCCUGGAAAAGAAGUUAAGGAAUAAAUCUAUGGUUCAACUCGAUGACGUCAUUCAGCGUUACGCCUGGCAGAAACUUCUAAAGGAAUCUAACGAAGUGGAUGUGCUAGAGCUGCAGGCAUCUGAUGGUGUCUACACCUGUCAGGUGGACUGGACGGCGCUGACCAUCGAGCACAAGGUUACGAAGUUUUCUCCCAAGGUGAAGGACGGAACCGUAAUAACAACCCCUCGUGGAGACGUACAAACAGGUACGCAAUGGACGAGGGUCUUGUCGUGUUACUAUGACAACCAAGCCAAAAGUAAACAAAGCUAUACUUUUAGAGAAUCAUGUGACACGACAUCGCGAGUGGACGUCGAUCUGAAACAGUUCUACACAAUAAACCAAGAGGUGUGUGCCAAGUUAAGCUUCCCUGAUGAUGUACGAGUGGGCAUAGACAAUACCGUCAGUCUUAACAAGGUCAAAGGUGAAGUGUUCCAAAAGACUCACACCUGGGAGCUCAACACGCGGGUUGAAGUUGAGCCAUCGUCUCGAGCCCAUGUUCAGCUGUUAGCGAGACGAGAGUGUUCUGUCGUGGAGUUUGAGAUUCGAACCACUUUGUAUAACCCUAAAGAAACUAUGCACGUUACCUACUCAGGGAUGAAUAAAAAUCGGUCCUUGUUUAAGGUGAACAUUGAAAACUUACAUGAGGCUUUUAGGCUUGUGGAAGAUGGCGGAGUUCUUACACCUGAAGAAAACGAGUGUGUGGACAUGAUGGUGGAGAAGUGGCUGGACAAAGAUGGCGUGGAGCACUCGGCCACCCACCCCCAGAUCAUCACCCGGGGCACCUGUGUCUACCUCAGCUGGACUGACCAGAAAGUGGACAUCAAGACAAGUCCAUUGUCAAUGGAUGAAAAAUAACUCAAUUCAUUUGUUGUCCAUUAGCCAGACUGAUAUAUACAGCUGGUAUUAUACUUAAUGUACUCUAAACCUAACCUAUGGUUUAUAAGAGACAUACAUAUAAUCUUGAUUAAGUCUAAGCCUAACUCUUAACAUACAUUUGUCUCUGCUAAUUCUAUUGCAGUACAAUACUAAGUGAUUGAAACUAUUUUUCGUUGCAUCCCCAAAUUAUUACCUAAUCUAGUUUUGGGGGUUUAAAAGUUUCAAAUAAAAUAAACAUUAAUUAAAGAAACCUCUCAGGAUUAACGUUAUGUAAGUUACAUUUUAAAUUAUUUUAGUUCCUAAAUAUUUAUAUCGCCAACCCUUUUUAUAUCGCUAAGGGAGGUUUGGGCACCUUUUUAUUUUAAAAUUGUUUUAAUAUUAAUAAGACAGUAUUUUUACAAUGGUUUUCAAAGUCACUAAUUUUAGUCAAUUAUUUAAACAUUAUACAGGAUUUGUAUUAAUGACUUAUCACUUU